CCAACACUCACGCUUCUGGGGAGUCUUUUGCCUUCCCACUCCUCGCUAUCAUUCAAGCUUCCCUGCAGCAAGGGCCAGAAACAUUCUGCCUUGAGUAAUCUCACAUCGUCUUUACUUGCUGCGAAAUCGACUCCAUGCCGAAGCGAUUCACACAGCAAUGCUCUCCACCUCCUCCUCUUCCGGCCCAACUGCCCCGCACGGAGCAGACCCGCUAGGAGACGCAAUCGUGACCCAAGGUCUGGACGAUCAACCGCUCAAUCUCACUUCAGAUCGGACAAGACAUAGCACACAGGAGGUUGAUGAGGCGCUGAGGGGUUCCUCGUCCCCUGGCAAGGGAAAGCAGAGGCAGUCAGAGGGACAGCAGCAGCAAGGACAGGAUGAAGACGAGGAGGACCUAGUGGUCUAUGAUGCUUCGCAGGGUGUUCCGAGUACAAAGGGCUCUCCGGGCCCCGCUGCCUCCAAUGUACGCAGAUGGUCCGCUACCCUCUCUAAUCUCAUGCAUCCCCAGCAAGCACAACCUCGUCCUCCUAGCCCCUCUCUCUCCAAUCGCUCCAGCCUCGAAAGCGUCUCCUUUGGCUUCCGGGACAAUCUCCUCCCUCUCAGCCUCAGCGGGAAUGACGAUGAUGACUACGAAGAGGAGAACAGGGUCGAGAAGGGAGGCGAAGCUGGAGGGGGUAGAGGAGGACAGGAGUAUGGUGAUGUGGAAGGAGCAAUCACUGGUACACAUGGGAGACAUCGUGUGCGGAGAAAGAGGUACAAGGAUCCGGAGAGGAGAAUGGGGCUGAUUGAUGGAAUUGCCCUGACCGUGGGUCUGCAGAUUGGUUCCGGCAUCUUCUCCUCCCCUGGCGUAGUGACCCUCAAUACGGGCUCCGUGGGCGCAAGUCUAAUCGUCUGGAUCUUCUCUGGCUUCCUCGCCUGGUCUGGCGCUUCCUCCUUUGCAGAGCUUGGUGCAGCUAUACCAGAGAGCGGUGGAGCUCAGGCCUACCUGAACUAUGCGUUCGGCCCCCUCCCAUCGUACCUCUUCAGCUGGACGGCAAUCGUAGCGCUCAAGCCUGGAUCUGGAGCAAUUAUCGCAAUCAUCUUUGGAGAGUACCUGGCGCGGGUGAUCUUCCAUACCACUACGGCUGAUGCGGACCACCCGCAUGAGCAGGGCUUAGAUGGUAUACCGGCCUGGUCCGUCAAGCUCAUUGCUUGUUUAAUCGUUGUGGUCAUCUCGGCACUCAAUGCUUUUAGCGCUCGGCUGGGAACAAGGCUGCAGGUGGGGACGACGACCGUGAAGCUGAUAGCACUUAUUGCCGUUCCUGUCCUGGCGAUUGUCACUGCUGCGCGUGGCAAGAUGCCAACUGAAUCGAAGCAAGCCUUCUCCUCCUUUGGCUCUCUCUUCGAAGGCUCGUCGACCUCACCGAGCUCUUAUGCCCUUGCGCUGUAUUCAGGUCUGUGGGCAUACGACGGCUGGGACCAAUCGUGCUACGUUGCUGGCGAAAUGAAGAACGUCACCCGUGAUCUCCCCAGGGUGAUCCACUCUUCGAUGUCGCUGGUGAUCACCUUCUUCUGCCUCAUGGUCGCCUCCUACUUCCUAGUCUUACCACCAGCAUUAGUCAGUGGGACCAACACAGUCGCUCUCGACUUUGGCUCUGUCAUCUUCGGUACAACUGGCGGGAUCGUCUUUGCGGGUCUAGUCUCCUUCAGCUGCUUUGGGGCCUUGAAUUCGCAAGUCUACACCAGUGCGAGACUGGUCUAUGCCGCGGGUAAGGAGGGAUACCUGCCUGCCGUUUUCGGUCGCAUCAAUUCGAGAACGGCCACUCCGGUCACCGCCACAGUCUUCCAAGCUGUGCUCAUCCUCAUCUUCAUCCUCUUCGGUUCGGGCUUCGCCUCUCUGGUCUCCUUCUACGGCGUCUGCUCCUACACCUGGUACUUCCUCACAGUCUUGGGACUCGUCGUGCUCCGCUUCAAAGAGCCGAACCUGCACCGGCCUUACAGGACCUUUCUCCCCACACCUUUGCUCUUUGCUACAACGGCUCUUUUCCUACUGGUGAUGCCGAUAGCCUCUGCGCCUGUUGAGGCAGGGGCGGCAUUCCUGUUCAUGGCCACAGGUCUGCCAGCAUACUUCCUCAGUGUAAGCAAAGCAAGGGAAGGUCUGCUAGGGGUCAUUGUGCCUGUGAAGGCGAGGGAGUGGUGUGGAGGUAGGAAUAUAGGAGGGAUAGUCAGAUCGGGUGCAAUGCAUGGAAAUGGCGACGAGGAUGUCGAGGAUGGUAAUGAGGAAGAGGCCAUGGAGAUGCUCGGCAGAGAGUCGUCAGACACGGUGAGGUUCUCGGCGAGUGCCAAGGGCAAGAGCAGGGCGGUGAACGAAGAUGACGACGACGACGACAAUGAUGAUGGCGAUCAUCAACGAGCCCGCGACGACAGGCAAUCGCCGACGUAGACCAUUCGUGACCUCUCUUGUUGUUGCAUUUGGAAAUGCCAUUGUGCUCUUUACUG